AUGCUUUGUGGUGCUGAUAGACUUGUGGGUACUGAUGAUCGUGUUAGUACUGAUGAUCGUGUUGGUGCUGAUAGUCUUUUUGGUACUGAUGUUCAUUUUGUUGCUGUUGAUGCUGUUAGUACUAAUGUUUUAUGGAUCGUGUUGGUACUGAUAGCCUUUGUUGGUACUGAUGGUUUUGUUGGUACUGAUGAUCGUGUUUGUGCUGAUGGUCCUGUUAAUACUGAUGAUCGUAUUGUUACUGAUUGUCUUGUUGGUACUGAUGAUCGUAUUGGUACUGAUGACUUGUUGGUACAGAUGAUCGUAUUUGUACUGAUGGUAUUGUUGGUACUGAUGGUCGUAUUGUUGCAGUUGACGCUGUUCGUACUAAUGCUUUGUGGUGCUGUUGGUCUUGUUCGUACUGAUGGUCGUAUUACUACUGAUGAUCGUGUUGGUACUGAUGGUCUUGUUGGUAGUGAUAGCUUUGUGGUACCCGAAUUUGACACUGUUUACGCUUUUGACGCUGGCGGCUGUGUUUUGCUCGAGGCUUUGUCGCUUUUGCCGCACUUUGUGCUCUUCGAGGUGGUGUUGCUUUUGCCGUUUUACACGCUGUUGGCGCUGUCCGCCUGUCCGAGACGACCUGUGAAUCAGUCAUCUCUUUCUGCCUCUAUACGCCGACAUGUUGGCACAGUGACAGACGGACAAAGCAGACAAGACGACCAACUGGCUUUUGAGGAAGACGAGCGCAAAAGCGCGUGUAAACCGAGUCGAGUACAGACAUUGGCGGCCGGAUCCCGCAAGCUGCACCUGUCCGCACAAGUCCGCGCUGCCUCGUUACCGCCUCGUUACCGCCUCGUUGCCGUCCAGCUAGCGCCUCGCUACCACCUCGCUGGCAGGCAGGAGCUGUCCUCCGGUCGCCAGGGCGCUCCCACCUGCCAACCACUCUCUUUCUGGCCGGCUGAUCGGCUGGUCGGCUGGCCGGGCGGACUUUUUUCGCUUCUACAACCACCGGCUCUCGAUAGGCGUCACGAUCCGCCAAUUAGCCAACCGAGCGUCAGUCCCACAAUCCCUCUCAUCCACCCGUCCACCCGUCCACCCGUCCACCCAUCCAUGUGCCCGUUUGUCCGGUCGUCCGGCUCUUUCACACCGCGUCUCGGCAAAGUGAGACCGGCAAUUCUGGUGGCCAUGCCAACGGGCUUGUGCACAAGACUGGACAUGCAGGCGAAUUGGGCAAGAAGACUUCUGCACAAGCGCUGGCAAAACAGUCACGCCCCUCCCAAUGUGGAAGUAGUCAGCUGUGUUUACAAACACUGCGCCAUCAUUACUCACUUUCGUGAAGCCGGCCAACGCAUGCACGAAUGCGCCCCGACCGGGUUUGUGUUGGGACAACCAUACUUUGGUUGGUUAGCGAAAGCUUCUGACAAAACUGUGCUGAUGCACAACCUCACCACCCACCGAACAGACCAGCCCCACUUCGGCUUUCCUGUACCUCGUCAGCUCGCCCAGCCUCGUCUUCAUGUAGUCGCGUAUUGCCGCGAAUCUCUUUGCCAACCGGCCGGUCUCUUCGAGGCCACAACGCCGCCGGACAAUGCCGGCCAGAAGAGGAGGACAUGCAAGGCGAGUGCGGCUAUGGAGGAUCUUUAA